CUAGCAUAAGUUCCUCAUCAUUGUAAACCUAACGAAAUCUCAAAAACCCAGGAGAAAUGGGAAAAUCCCCCUUUCUUGAAGGCAGCAACGAAGGAGGAAGAAGAAGAAGAAUGGUUGAGAUGUGGAAUCUCCCAGUCGACAUGAUCAAGGAGAUCCUCUUAUGGUUACCCGUGAAAUCUCUGCUUCGAUUCAGGUGCGUAUCCAAAGAUUGGCGAUGUCUGAUUACUGAUUCUUCCUUCAUCAAUCAGCAUCACAAUCGAUCCACAGAGAAAAAACCUAAUCUCAUCUUAACUGAUACAAGAAGUUUUUACACAGUAAAGGACAAUUCAUGUCAUAAACUUGAUAUCCCUUACCUAAAUUCUUUGGAUUGGUCGUAUAAAAUCAAAGUAUUGGGUUCUUGCAAUUCGUUGUUAUGUUUUGGGUUGUUAGCAGCUGGAGUGUUUCCCGUCACGAUUCAUUACAGAGAACCCAUAUACCUGAUGAAUCUAUCCACUCGAGAAGUGAAGAAGCUUCCAUAUGCUCCCUCUGAAAUACCUCAAUCCACCGACUGGAAGACUCGGAUCGGAAUUGGGUAUGAUCCCAUUAGUAAAGACUAUAAGGUUGUUUUGAGUGUAUACUCUAAUAUUAUGUUCAGGUCGUGUAAUGUCUGGGUAUAUUCAUUGAAUUCCAAUAACUGGAGAAAACUUGGAGAUAUCCCAGUCCCAGACCUAUACCCAAAAACCUAUAAUUAUUCACAAUCAGCGCUAGCUUUCAAUGCUGCUAUUCAUUGGAUAGUAUUUUGGAAGAAUGAGUUAAUUGGUUCUUUAUGGAAUUCAAUUUAUUCUUUUGAUUUAGUAUAUGAGGUGUUUAGAGAGUUACCGCUGCCUUUUCCUCCUGGAAAAGGACAUUACAUAGAUCUUGUGGUGAUUAGAGGAUACUUUUCUGUUCUCCGUGAUCCCUGGGAUCAAAUUAGUUAUGAGAUAUGGACGAUGAAGGAAUAUGGUGUUAAGGAGUCUUGGACGAAACAGAUAAUCGUUUUCCAUUUCUAUAAACAAGUGCGAUUCUGGAACGAUGAAAGUCUGUACCAGCAUUUUGGUAAUGAGCUAGUUCUGUACAAUAUCAAGAGCAAUACGGAAAGGAAUGUUGAAGUUCAUGGACUUCCAAUUGUCUUCGAAACAUUUAUUCACACUGAGAGUCUCGUUAUGCUCGAAGAUACAGGGGAAAAGAGGAAGAAGAAUAAGAAUCCAAUAUCUCACUGAAUUGUGCCACUGCCCAAUUUUGUUUUCAUUUUUUUCUGGAUUAACAAAGAAUUUGUUAAAGAUUUGAUAUUGAUUCAUGUCUUGCAUGACUAUGAUUUUUUACUUUUUUAUUUUAAAUUAUAUGAUUCAUCCUUGCAGCAA